AUGGACGUGGACGUGGACUUGGACGUGGACGUGGACUUGGACGUGGACGUGGACGUGGACGUGGAGGACGUGGACGUGGAGGACGUGGACGUGGAGGACGUGGACGUGGAAGUGGACGUGGACGUGGCCGUGGACGUAGACUUGGACGUGGACGUGGACGUGGUCGUGGACGUGGUCGUGGACGUGGACAUGGACGUGGUCGUGGACGUGGACGUGGACGUGGACGUGGACGUAGACGUGGACCUGGACCUGGACGUGGACGUGGACGUGGACUUGGACGUGGACGUGGACGUGGUCGUGGACGUUGAUGUGGACGUGGUCGUGGACGUGGACGUGGACGUGGUCCUGGACGUGGACGUGGGCGUGGACGUGGACGUGGUCGUGGACGUGGACGUGGUCGUGGACGUGGAUCUGGUCGUGGACGUGGACGUGGACGUGGACGUGGACGUGGACGUUGUCGUGGACGUGGACGUGGACUUGGUCGUGGACGUGGACGUGGUCGUGGACGUGGAUCUGGUCGUGGACAUGGACGUGGACGUGGACGUGGACGUGUUCAUGGACGUGGACGUGGUCGUGGACGUGGACGUGGACGUGGACGUGGUCGUGGACGUGGACGUGGACGUGGACGUGGACGUAGACGUAGACGUGGACGUGGUCCUGGACGUGGACGUGGACGUGGACUUGGACGUGGACGUGGACGUGGACUUGGACGUGGACGUGGACGUGGACGUGGAGGACGUGGACGUGGAGGACGUGGACGUGGACGUGGACCUGGACGUGGACGUGGACUUGGACGUGGACGUGGACGUGGACGUGGACGUGGACUUGGUCGUGGACGUGGACGUGGACGUGGUCGUGGACUUGGACGUGGACGUGGUCGUGGACGUGGACGUGGACGUGGACGUUGACGUGAACGUGGUCGUGGACGUGGACGUGGUCGUGGACGUUGACGUGGUCGUGGACGUGGACGUGGACGUGGAUGUGGACGUGGACGUGGACCUGGACCUGGACGUGGAUGUGGACGUGGACAUGGACCUGGACCUGGUCGACGUGGUCGUGGACGUGGUUGUGGACGUGGACUUGGACGUGGUCGUGGACGUAGACGUGGACGUGGACGUGGACCUGGACGUGGACGUGGACGUGGACCUGGACAUGGACGUGGACGUGGACUUGGACGUGGACGUGGACGUGGAUUUGGACGUGGACGUGGACGUGGACGUGGAGGACGUGGACGUGGAGGACGUGGACGUGGAAGUGGACGUGGACGUGGACGUGGACGUAGACUUGGACGUGGACGUGGACGUGGUCGUGGACGUGGUCGUGGACGUGGACAUGGACGUGGUCGUGGACGUGGACGUGGACGUGGACGUGGACGUAGACGUGGACGUGGACCUGGACGUGGACGUGGACGUGGACGUGGACGAGGACGUGGACCUGGACGUGGACGUGGACGUGGACUUGGACGUGGACGUGGACUUGGACGUGGACGAGGACGUGGACAUGGACGUGGAGGACGUGGACGUGGAGGACGUGGACGUGGACGUGGACCUGGACCUGGACGUGGACGUGGACCUGGACGUGGACGUGGACGUGGACAUGGUCGUGGAAGUGGACGUGGACGUGGACAUGGUCGACGUGGACGUGGACGUGGACGUGGACGUAGACUUGGACGUGGACGUGGACGUGGUCGUGGACGUGGACGUGGUCGUGGACGUGGACGUGGUCGUGGACGUGGACGUGGACGUGGACGUAGACGUAGACAUGGACGUCGUCGUGGACGUGGACGUGGACGUGGUCAUAGACGUGGACGUGGUCGUGGACGUGGAUCUGGUCGUGGACGUGGACGUGGACGUGGACGUGGACGUGGACGUGGUCGUGGACGUGGACGUGGACAUGGUCGUGGACGUGGUCGUGGACGUGGACGUGGACCUGGACGUGGACGUGGACGUGGACCUGGACAUGGGCAUGGACGUGGACGUGGACGUGGUCGUGGACGUGGACGUGGACGUGGACGUGGACGUGGACGUGGACAUAGACGUGGAUGUGGACGUGGACGUGGACGUGGUCGUGGACGUGGACGUGGACGUGGACGUGGACGUGGACGUGGUUGUGGACGUGGACGUGGACCUCGAGGACGUGGACGUGGUCGUGGACGUGGACUUGGACGUGGACGUAGAUGUGGACGUGGACGUGGACGUGGUCGUGGACGUGGACGAGGACGUGGACGUAGACGUGGUCGUGGACGUGGACGUGGAGGACGUGGAUCUGGUCGUGGACGUGGACGUGGACGUGGACGUGGACCUGGUCGUGGACGUGGACGUGGUCGUAGACGUGGUCGUGGACGUGGACGUGGACCUGGACGUGGACGUGGACGUGGACGUGGACCUGGACAUGGACGUGGACGUGGACGUGGACGUGGUCGUGGACGUGGACGUGGACCUGGACAUGGACGUGGACGUGGACGUGGACGUGGUCGUGGACGUGGACGUGGACGUGGACGUGGACGUGGACAUGGACGUGGACGUGGACCUGGACAUGGACGUGGACGUGGACGUGGACGUGGUCGUGGACGUGGACGUGGACGUGGAGGUGGACAUGGACAUGGACGUGGACGUGGACGUGGACGUGAUGGACGUGGACGUGGACGUGGACGUGGACGUGGUCGUGGACGUGGACGUGGACGUGGACGUGGAUAUGGACCUGGACGUGGACGUGGACGUGGACGUGGUCGUGGACGUGGACGUGGACGUGGUCGUGGACGUGGACGUGGACGUGGUCGUGGACGUGGACGUGGACGUGGACGUGGACGUGGACGUGGUCGUGGACGUGGACGUGGACGUGGUCGUGGACGUGGUCGUGGACGUGGACGUGGACCUGGACGUGGACGUGGACGUGGACCUGGACAUGGACGUGGACGUGGACGUGGACGUGGUCGUGGACGUGGACGUGGACGUGGACCUGGACGUGGUCGUGGACGUGGACGUGGACGUGGUCGUGGACGUGGACGUGGACGUGGACGUGGACGUGGAGGACGUGGACGUGGUCGUGGACGUGGACUUGGACGUGGACGUGGACGUGGACCUGGACAUGGACGUGGACGUGGACGUGGGCGUGGUCAUGGACGUGGACGUGGACGUGGACGUGGACCUGGACAUGGACGUGGACGUGGACGUGGACGUGGUCGUGGACGUGGACGUGGACGUGGACGUGGACGUGGAGGUGGUCGUGGACCUGGACGUGGACGUGGACCUGGACGUAGACGUGGACGUGGACAUGGUCGUGGAAGUGGACGUGGACGUGGACAUGGUCGACGUGGACGUGGACGUGGACGUGGACGUGGACGUAGACUUGGACGUGGAAGCUGACGUGGUCGUGGACGUGGACGUGGUCGUGGACGUGGACGUGGUCGUGGACGUGGACGUGGACGUGGACGUAGACAUAGACAUGGACGUCGUCGUGGACGUGGACGUGGACGUGGUCAUGGACGUGGACGUGGUCGUGGACGUGGAUCUGGUCGUGGACGUGGACGUGGACGUGGACGUGGACGUGGUCGUGGACGUGGACGUGGACGUGGUCGUGGACGUGGUCGUGGACGUGGACGUGGACCUGGACGUGGACAUGGACGUGGACCUGGACAUGGGCGUGGACGUGGACGUGGACGUGGUCGUGGACGUGGACGUGGACAUGGACAUGGACGUGGACGUGGACGUGGACGUGGUCGUGGACGUGGACGUGGACGUGGACGUGAACGUGGACGUGGACGUGGUUGUGGACGUGGACGUGGACGUCGAGGACGUGGACGUGGUCGUGGACGUGGACUUGGACGUGGACGUGGACGUGGACGUGGACGUGGUCGUGGACGUGGACGUGGACGUGGACGUGGUCGUGGACGUGGACGUGGACGUGGAGGACGUGGAUCUGGUCGUGGACGUGGACGUGGACGUGGACGUGGACCUGGUCGUGGACGUGGACGUGGACGUGGACGUGGUCGUGGACGUGGUCGUGGACGUGGACGUGGACCUGGACGUGGACGUGGACGUGGACCUGGACAUGGACGUGGACGUGGACGUGGACGUGGUCGUGGACGUGGACGUGGACGUGGACCUGGACAUGGACGUGGACGUGGACGUGGACGUGGACGUGGACGUGGACGUGGUCGUGGACGUGGACCUGGACGUGGACGUGGACCUGGACAUGGACGUGGACGUGGACGUGGACGUGGUCGUGGACGUGGACGUGGACGUGGACCUGGACAUGGACGUGGACGUGGACGUGGACGUGGACGUGGUCGUGGACGUGGACGUGGUCGUGGACGUGGAUCUGGUCGUGGACGUGGACGUGGACGUGGUCGUGGACGUGGACGUGGACGUGGAUGUGGAGGUGCACGUGGUCGUGGACGUGGUCAUGGUCGUGGACGUCGUCGUGGAGGACGUGGACGUGGACGUGGAGGACUUGGACGUGGACGUGGACGUGGACGUGGACCUGGACGUGGACGAGGACGUGGUCGUGGUCGUGGACGUGGACGUGGACGUGGAUGUGGACGUGGACGUGGACGUGGACGUGGUCGUGGACGUGGACGUGGACGUGGAUGUGGACGUGCACGUGGUCGUGGACGUGGUCGUGGAAUUGGACGUGGACGUAGACGUGGACGUGGACCUGGACGUGGACGUGGACGUGGACUUGGACAUGGACGUGGACGUGGACUUGGACGUGGACGUGGACGUGGAUGUGGAGGACGUGGACGUGGACGUGGACGUGGACCUGGACGUGGACGUGGACUUGGACGUGGACGUGGACGUGGUCGUGGACGUGGAUGUGGACAUGGUCGUGGACGUGGACGUGGACGUGGUCCUGGACGUGGACGUGGACGUGGACGUGGACGUGGUCGUGGACGUGGACGUGGACGCGGUCGUAGACGUGGAUCUGGUCGUGGAUGUGGACGUGGACAUGGACGUGGACGUGGACGUGGUCGUGGACGUGGACGUGGACUUGGUCGUGGACGUGGACGUGGUCGUGGACUUGGAUCUGGUCGUAGACAUGGACGUGUACAUGGACGUGGACGUGGACAUGUUCGUGGACGUGGACGUGGUUGUGGACGUGGACGUGGACGUGGACGUGGUCGUGGACGUGGACGUGGACGUGGACGUAGACAUGGACGUGGACGUGGUCCAGGACGUGGACGUGGACGUGGACUUGGACGUGAACGUGGACGUGGACGUGGACUUGGACGUGGACGUGGACGUGGACGUGGAGGACGUGGACGUGGAGGACGUGGACGUGGACGUGGACCUGGACGUGGACGUGGACUUGGACGUGGACGUGGACGUGGACUUGGUCGUGGACGUGGACGUGGACGUGGUCGUGGACUUGGACGUGGACGUGGUCGUGGACGUGGACGUGGACGUGGACGUGGACGUUGACGUGAACGUGGUCGUGGACGUGAACGUGGUCGUGGACGUGGACGUGGUCGUGGACGUGGACGUGGAUGUGGACGUGGACGUGGACCUGGACCUGGUCGACGUGGUCGUGGACGUGGUUGUGGACGUGGACUUGGACGUGGACGUGGACGUAGACGUGGACGUGGACGUGGACCUGGACGUGGACGUGGACGUGGACGUGGACAUGGACAUGGACGUGGACUUGGACGUGGACGUGGACGUGGACUUGGACGUGGACGUGGACGUGGACGUGGAGGACGUGGACGUGGAGGAAGUGGACGUGGAGGACGUGGACGUAGACGUUGACGUGGACGUGGACGUGGACGUAGACUUGGACGUGGACGUGGACGUGGUCGUGGACGUGGACGUGGUCGUGGACGUGGACAUGGACGUGGUCGUGGAAGUGGACGUGGACGUGGACGUGGACGUAGACGUGGACGUGGACCUGGACCUGGACGUGCACGUGGACGUGGACGAGGACGUGGACCUGGACGUGGACGUGGACGUGGACUUGGACGUGGACGUGGACGUGGACUUGGACGUGGACGAGGACGUGGACAUGGACGUGGAGGACGUGGACGUGGAGGACGUGGACGUGGACGUGGACGUGGACCUGGACCUGGACGUGGACGUGGACCUGGACGUGGACGUGGACGACGUGGUCGUGGACGUGGUCGUGGACGUGGACUUGGACGUGGACGUGGACGUGGACGUGGACCUGGACGUGGACGUGGACGUGGACCUGGACAUGGACGUGGACGUGGACUUGGAUGUGGACGUGGACGUGGACUUGGACGUGGACGUGGACGUGGACGUGGAGGACGUGGACGUGGAGGACGUGGACGUGGAGGACGUGGACGUGGACGUGGAUGUGGACGUAGACUUGGACGUGGACGUGGACGUGGUCGUGGACGUGGACGUGGUCGUGGACGUGGACGUGGACAUGGUCGUGGACGUGGACGUUGACGUGGACGUGGACGUAGACGUAGACGUGGACGUCGUCGUGGACGUGGACGUGGACGUGGUCGUGGACGUGGAUGUGGUCCUGGACGUGGAUCUGGUCGUGGACGUGGACGUGGACGUGGACGUGUUCGUGGACGUGGACGUGGACGUGGUCGUGGACGUGGUCGUGGACGUGGACGUGGACCUGGACGUGGACGUGGACGUGGACCUGGACAUGGACAUUGACGUGGACGUGGACGUGGACUAG